AACAGUUUCAAAACCGAAACAGCGGAUAACUUGAGAAACAACUCCUCUGUAUUCCCGUGGCGACUUAAUUAAAAUAUCUUCCCUCGCAGCUGCAUAGAGAAGCACCGGGACAAGAGGACGACCCACUUUUUGAGCUGUCCUACUCACGUUUGAGGACCGAAGCGAGCUAGCCGGGCUGCUAAGUUGAGCUAGCGUUAAGUAGGUGACGAUAGCCGGGGUGCUAGCUAGCUAACUAGUUAGCCACAGAAACUCAACAGAACUUCAUCAUUUCCAUUGUGCACCCGACGGCUGUCAGCAUGGAGAAUAAAUACAACCUCAAGAGUCCGGCGGUAAAGAGGCUGAUGAAAGAGGCUGCUGAACUGAGGGAUCCCACAGAGCACUACCAUGCCCAACCACUGGAAGAUAACCUCUUUGAAUGGCACUUUUCCGUACGGGGACCCCCAGAUUCAGACUUCGAUGGUGGGGUUUACCAUGGAAGAAUCGUGCUUCCCCCAGAGUACCCCAUGAAGCCCCCCAGCAUCAUCCUCCUCACACCGAAUGGAAGAUUCGAAGUUGGAAAGAAGAUUUGUCUGAGCAUCUCUGGCCACCAUCCAGAGACCUGGCAGCCGUCAUGGAGCAUCCGAACUGCUCUAAUAGCUAUUAUCGGAUUCAUGCCAACAAAGGGAGAGGGUGCAAUAGGAUCUCUUGAUUAUACCCCAGAAGAAAGGAGGGCCCUUGCCAAAAAGUCCCAGGACUUCUGCUGUGAGACGUGUGGCUGCUCCAUGCGCUCCGCCCUCCUGGCUCUGACCCCCAACAGCAACCCCAGUGCCGAGGAUCACAAGGCUAAAGAACUGGCUCAGCAAAUAAACUUCAAGGCAGAGUCCAGUUUAUCCAGACAAGCUAGCGAAAGUGGAGGCGCAGAAAGUGAUCCUUCAGUGCUCACCCAGGGAGACACCUCCACAUCUGCAGGCCAGGAAGCUGUUGAACGGCCCCUGGCUGAACAGGCAGAGGAGUCUCCAGCCGCAGGUGUAGAUGAACACCGGACCAGCAGCAGCAGUAGCAGCAGCAGCAGCAGCUCCGGUCGUCCUCUCAGCCCCCGGCAGCGUCGCUCCCAGCAGCACAGAGAGCAGGGCCAGAGAGACGGCAGAGAGCCAGCGGCCAGCAGACCGGCUUUCGUCCCGGCUGCUCGCCAGCCUCAGGACGAAAGCCACGCCGGCUCGGCAGUCCUCAUCGUGGUGCUCACUCUAGCUCUGGCCGCGCUCAUCUUCCGCAGAAUCUACCUGGCGCACGAGUAUAAGUUUGACUACGAUUUGUGACCUCAACCCCGAGUCGACCCCUUCUGCUACCGCCCCUGCAGAACUGUGACCAGCUGAAGUGGAACCAGAGCCGAGGCAGUGGCUAACACUGACUUUCUGCCCUCCCUGCUCAUCAGCAGAGGGUUCAAUCUCCACUGAGGGGGAACUUUCAUUCCUGCGGAGGAGGCGCUCCACUCUCCACAACACCUCCGGGGUGUCUUUUAAUCAAUGUGAAUUUUACUCUCCAGAGCGUCAUGCAUUUUUAAGAACGGGAACCUUUGUUGUUUGUGAUGAGUUCAGCAGCCACACACACCACAUGUCCCCUUCCAUGUAAUUGUUGUCUAUCCUAGGGCAGCCGCUUGUUCCCAUUAUUUAAUUAAAACUUUAAUAUAAUAUGACAACAACGUGCAGUUAUGGGGGAUUGUUGUCUCAGUCUAAUUAUUUAAUCAUGGAAGCAUCUGCACUGAGUGCAUGUGCUAUAACGGCUUUUUCAUGUGUUUUAACUUCCUGCCAGGUCAGCUCAGUAACAACAUACCGGGCUCUGCUGUAAUGGCAUAAGGGCAGGAAGCACAGUGAGUCUCUUCAGUCUUAAUUCGAGUGUUUUUCAAGCUGUAACUGAUCAUGUUGUAAUUGACUGCUGGAAAGCAGGCAGGGAUGCACAGGAUUAAUGAGUAAUCCACCACGGACAGAAUGCUGGGUUAUAGCUGACCGGUGUCGUGUGUGUCGAGGUGUGUGUUGCAGAAGCUUUCAAAUCAAAGGCUGCAGAUUUAUCAACACAUGCGUCCUGCUGCCUUCAGAUGGCUGCAGGGAUUUAAUGGACUGAAGCUUUUCCAUGCAGCGUAAAACAUUAGUGGAUAACAUAUACUGUAAGAAUCAUCCAUAUUCAUCUAUAGAUACAUGCAGAGGGAUUUACCAAUAUUUGUAGUGCACAUGCUGUUCUGUGAUCAUUGAGGGAUUCUGUUACAGGAAUGUUACCACAUCUCGUACAAGUGAACAGUCAAGACAAAGGUCACAAAAUCUGACGCAGGCUAUUAUCUACAAUACCCAGAAAAAUAAUCCAAGUAUUGUCAGGCUUUUCUCAACAGAGGCACAGCGCUUACUCCUUGAAUAUUGCUUAAUAAUGAUGGUUUCUUGUAGAAGUGCGACAGUAUCCUCACAGCACCUCCUGAGUCUAAAGGAUUUUACAUAUCCUAGUGUUUCCAGGUGUUGGGGAAGGCUGGCGCAUGUUUGGAAACAGUAGCAUAAAGCCUGUUGUGUCUCCAGAGGAUGCUGUGUGAAGUCUGGUCUGUUGUUGCUGCAGUCAGGGGUAAGUCAACAUAAAGAAGAGACCUUCCGAGUUGAACUAAACUUUCAAAUCCAAGCAGACACAUACCGCUAAUUUCGAGCAGAGCAAGUAUGUGUUUCAUUGGAAAAAAAUCACCUGUAUUACUCUCAUAUGCCAACAGCAAUCUGUGUCAUUCUGUGUGUGGUGCAAACAAUUAUUCAGCAUGGCGCCCCUCUUGAACUCCCCAUUGUAACUUUGACAGAAUUGCAGGAGUGUUUCGCUAAAUUGAUUAAGUAUGCUUUUAAUGUGGCCACAGAAUAUUCUGUAACAUAUAAUCACAUUAAACUUUCCUAUUUCAAAAACGUUUUAAAUACAUCUAUUGGUCGGAGUGUGUAAUUAAACUAGUUUAUUCACAAUUUUAAGCAUGUAUUUAUUGAAAUUGCUUGUUGACAGAAUGACAAAGCAUAUAGGGACUUUGCACCAGACAGAAUGUGGUUCUGCCCACAAAAUACAAGCUGCUUUGUGCUGCCUAUUUUUAAUCAUCUGAACUUUAGAACCCAGUGGUGGGUUUGAAAGAUACACUUUUUGAAAAAAAUCAACAAAAUGACAGCAUAUAACAGAGAUAAAAACUGUAAAAACGGAAAGAAUCGUCAGAUUUUCAACCUCUUGACAAUCAGCAGGCUAAUCAUCUGAGACAUUGCUUAGAUCAAAGCUUAAUAUUAUGAUACUUUAUCAAAAUCCCUCCCUUUUUUUUCUACAUGUCUCAUUUUAAAAUUUGGGAAAAAUGAAUAGUUUUCUCUGAUCAGAUUCUGUAAAAACCACAAAAUUAUGCACUCAUCUGCUCAACUAAGAAGCCAUUAUUGACUCCGCUGUGACCAACAGUCACAUGACCAAAUUUCAGCUACUUUUCAGCUGGACUGCACUGCAAGGCUGUGUUUACAGAGUACAGUUUGGUGGUAAAUAGGGGAACAAAUUAAAAAUGUAGUAAAAUAUCUGUAUUUUGUAGCGUUAAAGCUUAUUUUGUCAGCCUUGCUAACACCUGUGGACACUUGUUGUACAUGGUGACUCUAGGUUUUUUCAAGUUUUCAAAAAUAACUAAUUAAAGAAAUUUAAUUUUUGUUUUUAUUUUUUUUGUUAUGAUAUAGCCUAAACAGAAAACAGAAAAAUGGCUCAGAAACUGCUUGGAGUUCAGAGGAUAAAGGAUAAAGAAACUACCACCUGCAACAAGUGCGAGUAAAAAUGUUAACAUCCUAUGUAUGCCAAAGUGUUGGAGAGCGCUGCUUGCACUGCUUGUUGUGCUUCCCCCAAAACAGAGCCUGCAGUGUAAAUAAUUCUCAGCAGUCCUACACAGAGAAUGAGUUGACUGAUCCGGGAUCUGUUGAAUUUGACGUGUUUACUCAAGAACAGCAUCGGGGCAGAGAGCUUUGAACUGUUAUUGCCAUGGCAACGUUUACUGGUGAGAUAAUUUUAGGGAUUAUUUGCACCAGUAAACAAGACGUGGUCUUCAGAAAGUCUGCCAAACACGCAGUUGUGGCGCUGUGUACUUGCAACAGUAUAUUCUCCAUCUGAUUCCCCGCUCUCACGCCUACGGCAGAUUUUUAUUUGUUUCCAUUAGGAAGUCAUUUUUUCUGUGGACACUGUAAUCCCAUUCAUUUAAAUCUCUCCUCCGUCACUGCUCCUCUCUCCGUCUCCGCUGCUGUUUCAUGGUAUUCACAACACGUCCCUGUGCAUUAAUCUCUUGUUUGUCUUGCAUUCUCUGAAGCUGUAUGCAAACAGUCUCUUUUUUUUUUUUUUUUUUUUUUCCUCCCCUCUCUCUGCUUGUAUAAAUAGACCCAAACCCUGUCUAACGUUUACCCUCUUUGAUAUACUUUGAGUAGGGGCUUAUCUGUCUGAUGAGACUCACAGGAACAGGGAAGCAAUUUAAAUUCAUUCUUUGCACAUCAUAGCUGACAGCUUUUUGACAUGUACAGCAACUUGGCAGCAUACAGAUAGCUCAGAGGUAGUCGCAACGGUCUACCUGUUGAGGGAGGGAACAAGCCUGUCUGGUGUUUCUCUCCUACUUGAGCAACAUCUCAUACCUGUGGGUGUUCAGGUAUUACGUGAAGACAGCAGAGAUUUUUUUUUUUUAAUUUUUUUUUUACGAAUAUCCAUAUUAUUGGAACCUCUCCAUAUCUGUCUCUUCAGUCAUUGUGCCCACGGCUGGUAUACUGGGAUAUAAACAGAAAAUAAAUCACCUAAAAGAAAGAAUGUGUAUUCCAUGUGUCAGGUUUUAUAAUGUCUCAUUCUAAUUACACGUCCAAUGGGGAAUAUGUAGCAUAGCUGGUACUUUAAAAUAAUCCUGAUGAUGGAUCAGGUAAUUGCCAGGUCCUUAUGUGGUAAUAAAAUACAUUCUGAUACCCCGUCAUCUCACAUUUUAUGACAGAUGGGAGUAAUCACAAACACCUGGCAGGACUCAAGCAAUGUGUGACUAUCUAUAGCUACUAUGAACAACAGGAAUUAGCUGUAUACAUCUCACACUUCAUCCUUUUAUGUCAGUGGAACCGGCAGUAUCAUUUCAUUUAAUUCUCACUGUGCUCUGUGGGAUUUUAUUAGUUGAUGUUUAAACAGAACUGAGACUUUUACACUCUUGUUAGCAGCCUCUGCGAGGCUGCACUUUAACAUCGGUGUAGGACAGCUGCAUUGGAAGUCUGGGACCCAACGCAAAUCUUAUGGGAGUGGGCAGGUUUAACUUUGUUGCAGGUGAGAGCCAAUGUUGUGCCAAAAAAUGAUUGUGAGCUUCUUGUUUGAGCUACAUUGCCCAGAUUAUACACACAUACAGCUGCUUUUAUCUGAGUCCAACAGUCAUAGCAUGACAAAUAUACACAACCUUAUGUCAUUAGUAAAUGUCUGUGAAAUUUAAAUGCUUCUUGUAACAAAAUAAUUGUGAUGUUUACAGUUCAUGGCAUUAUCAGGCCUGACAUUUAGGAUGGUUGUGUGCAAUACUAUAUGUGUUUGGUCUGUGCUGUCUCUGCUUAGACUGUAUUUAACAUGAUUUACAGGUGGGUUUUGUAUAUAAAAUAAAGAAAUGAUAUGUUUUGCAGUAGA